UAUUGGAGUCCCAUAAGAAUUAUUAUUUAUCAUGGCUUGAGUGUGAGAACUGUGGUGUAUGCAACCAGUAUAGUCAUUCCAUGGUUGUGGUGCUUCUAUUUUCUGAGGUGGAAAUGUCUCUGGUGUAUGUAAUCCUUUUGAUUUCUUGUGUAAUGGUGGUUCUUCUCUCCGCUGGGAAUGCUAAUGGGCACCAUGAUGAUUGUCCAGACUCAUUUGACUGUGGAACUUUGGGGACAUUUAGCUUCCCAUUCACCACUGUAGAACGCCACAAUUGUGGUGUUCUUGCAAUCCAAGGCUGUAAUGAUCCAAACCAAACAUCAGUGAAGUAUGUCCAGUUGAACAAUAAGGGAAAACCAUUCCAAGUUACACAUGUAAGUAGUCAUCGUCGCCGCCCUAGAAGUAUUUCCAUUAUUGAUAUGGAGUUCAGCAAGCUUCUGGGAAAUGGUAGUUGUGCGGUCUUCAACUAUAAUAUUACUGUCCCUCCUUCCUCUCCUAUGGGUUAUUUUGAUUUGCAAAACAAUAUAAGCACCUUCAAUUGCAGCCACCAUCAACACAAACUCAACCAUACAAAUGACUUCAUCAACUAUACAAAUGAUUUCAUCAACUAUACCAGUACCAGAUGUCCUUCCUCUGUUUUUUACUUUGCCCCUCCAUCCUAUGAUGAUCAGUCCCUGAGCUCUUUAAUCUCCUUAUGUUCUAUGGUUAAACUUCCUGUCAGACAAGAUUCUCAGUUCAUCAAAAACCCAUUUGGAUUUUUAAAUGCUGAAAUUACCUUUGAAUUCCAGUUUUCAAGUGAAUGUCACCAGUGUUAUAAUGAAGAAAGAGGAGACCAUUGCCGACUUGACAGCAACGGAACUUUUUAUUGCGCCAAGAGGAAAACUAGAGUUUCGACUCGGAAGCUAGCAUUGAUGUUAGGCACCGGCGUAGGACCUUGGAUCAUAUUCGGGUUGUUCCUCACGUUACGCCACUGCAAACGGAAAUAUGGUCAAUCCAGCAUCACUAAUGCUGAUCCCUACCCUAGUCGUGACACAGAGAAUGACAGGAUCUUCUUUGGGGUACCCAUUUUCUCCUACAAGGAACUUCAAGAAGCAUCAAACAAUUUUGACCCCACUAGAAAACUAGGAGAUGGAGGCUUUGGCACUGUUUACUAUGGAACACUAAGAGAUGGAAGGGAAGUUGCAAUCAAGCAUCUAUUUGAGCACAAUUACAAGAGAGUGGAGCAGUUUAUGAAUGAAAUUGAGAUCCUUACUCGCCUACGCCACAGAAAUCUUGUGUCCCUCUAUGGCUGCACUUCACGUCACGGCCAAGAGCUACUGCUUGUAUAUGAAUACGUUCCUAAUGGCACAGUUGCUAGCCAUCUCCAUGGUGAUUUAGCAAGGGUUGGUUUGUUGACAUGGCCUAUUCGAAUGCAAAUUGCCAUAGACACUGCUGCUGCAUUGACCUAUCUCCAUGCUUCAAACAUCAUCCACCGUGAUGUCAAAACCAACAACAUUUUACUUGACAUUAGUUUUUCGGCUAAGGUAGCAGAUUUUGGGCUUUCAAGAUUGCUCCCCAAUGAUGUAAGCCAUGUCUCCACAGCUCCACAAGGGUCUCCGGGGUAUCUUGACCCUGAAUAUUUCCAAUUCUACAGGCUCACGGACAAGAGUGAUGUGUAUAGCUUUGGGGUUGUGCUUAUUGAGCUGAUAUCAUCCAUGCCAGCAGUUGAUGCAGCCAGGGAAAGAGAUGAAGUUAACUUGGCAAAUCUUGCCAUGAAAAAGAUUCAAAAAGGAAAGCUUAGUGAGCUUGUAGACCCAUCCUUGGGGUUUGAGUCAGACCAAGUAGUUAAAAGGAUGCUAACUUCAGUAGCAGGGUUGGCCUUUCGGUGUGUGCAAGGAGACAAUGAAUUAAGGCCUUCUAUGGAUGAAGUUCUGGAAGCACUCAAGAAAUUUCAAAAUGGGAAUUAUGAGUCUGAGAAUCUAGAGAAAGGAGAUGAUGAUGGUGUUAUCUCUUCCACUUCAUCCAGCGAAGUACAUCCACCCCAACCAGCUUCACAGCACUCUGGUCAAGUUGGAAUUUUAAUGAAUAAUAAGCUACUAACUUCACCGAAUUCCUUGACUGAGAAACUGGAAAGUGAAUCUAACACGCCCAAUGCCAGUGGUUAAUCACAUUGUUGUCUAAUAAUAACCGUAGUUUUUCACGUUUUGGUAAAAAAAAAAAAAAUGAAUGUAUUACCGAACUCCUAUUUUUCCCUUCAAUGUUCCUAGUUACUACUGUAACAGUAAUGAAUCACAUUUGUUACAACUA